CGUAAUCAUUGGUCAUCGGAAGUACGCUUGCGCGCUGAGCUUGUGCUGAUGCAAGACAGUGGAUGAGAACAGUCAACGACAUAUAGCAGGACGAAAAACAUCGAUAUUUGAUUCAGUCAUCAUGUCAGAAGACGAGAUUUUAUUCGACCCCACCACGACGAAGAAGAAAAAGAAGAAGAAGAAGCCCUUCAUGCUGGACGAGGAUGGAGAUGGAGAGGAGACUCCGCAGACUGAACAGAAAGAAGCUGAGCCUGAAGCAGGAGAGGAGCGAGAAUUGGAUUUUGAUGAUGAUGACAUUAAGAAAAAAGAGACUUCGGAUGAUUUAGAUGAUCUGAACUUCUUUAACCAGAAAAAGAAGAAAAAGAAACCGAAGAAGGUGUUCGAAAAUGACAUUGAGGAAGGCAUGAAGGAGCUGAAAAUUGAGGGAGAGCAGCAGGAAAUGAUGGAGGAAGAUGAUUUGGAUCAGAUGCUUAAAUUAAAAAAAAAGAAACACAAGAAAGUAGAAUUUGUUGAAGAAAGUGACACUGUGGAGAAGGAUGAUGUCGUGGAGGAUGAUAAAAGCGCAGAUGGCAUCACAUUCAGUUCACAGUCGGGCCCAGCAUGGGCCGGUUCAGAGAGAGACUACACCUACGAUGAGCUGUUGAGCAGGGUGUUUAACAUCAUGAGGGAGAAGAACCCUGAUAUGGUGGCAGGGGAGAAGAGGAAGUUUGUGAUGAAGCCGCCUCAGGUGGUCCGAGUUGGGACCAAGAAAACAUCUUUUGUCAACUUCACGGACAUCUGCAAACUGUUGCAUCGACAGCCCAAACAUCUUUUGGCGUUCCUGUUAGCUGAGUUAGGAACAAGUGGAUCCAUAGAUGGAAAUAACCAGCUUGUAAUCAAGGGACGCUUUCAACAGAAACAAAUAGAAAACGUCUUGAGAAGAUAUAUAAAGGAAUAUGUGACAUGUCAUACCUGCCGCUCACCGGAUACAAUUCUGCAGAAGGAUACACGUCUUUACUUCCUGCAGUGUGAAACCUGUCACUCACGUUGCUCUGUAGCCAGCAUCAAGACUGGCUUCCAGGCCGUCACCGGCAAAAGAGCCCAGCUUCGAGCCAAAGCCAACUAAUACAAACACCCUGUUCUGGCUUCUUCCCCAGACUGAUGCUCUGCCCCUCUGGCUGACGACUGUCCUCGCUGCUCUCCUCUGAAGCGCAGUGACUUAAGGCUUGGAGUGAACUGUGGAUGGUAUUGAGUGUGAUCUCUAUUAAUAAAUCUGACUCUGAAGCUGGAGGACUUGUGAACAGGCUGCCUCUGAUUUGCUCAUCUCACUUUACCUCCUUCCUCCAGUAAUAUUCUAAUUUUUUUCUGUAUUUAGCAUAUCCGACAACCAAAGCACAUUUGUGUCUAUUUGGUGAAUUUUUAAUCUCAGAACAGUAUUUGUUUUUCAGAGAAAAAAGUAAGGAUAUUAUUAGACAGAAACCAGAAAUAGGUGAACAUCUUCUGUGCUUUCAGAAAAUGAACCAUAGCCUUUUAUAUCAGACUGUUUUAGCAAAGAAAAAUUGUAUCUCCAAUGCUCAGUCAAUGCACAAGAAUGCAAUAAUGUUAAGAUUGGAUCCAAGCGAGUGCUUCGUGAUCGAGGCGUCCAGCAAAUGCGUGAUUUAUUUUUAUUUUUUUUUAUUUCUGAAAAACAAGAACACUGUUCUUAUGUAAUUACACAGACAAAUACAUAUUGCGCUGUGUUCUUUAGUAGAAUAUUGGGCAGCAGAUGUUUGGGCAUGUUUGCAGUGCUUAGAUGGAAACACUUUUUGUUGGCAUAUUUGAAAUUAGAUUUUUUUUUUUUAAUAAAAAUUAUGAAACUUC